CGCGCAGACACAUUAAUAAUUUUUCUCAUUUAUGUUUCUCUUUAAAAGUAAAAACCAAAAAAAAAGCGUAAGCAUGGAAAAUGAACAGGAUGAACUCAGACACAGACAUAUGCAGGAACAGCACCGUAAUCAGCAUCAUGGCGUACCAAUCGGCUAUUCGGAUGUUAUGCUACAGCUUGGCGGCCAGGAGGGGCAACGCUCACCAUAUGCUGUAUACUUUGAACAGCCACGCGAUGCGCUGCCGGAUAGCUAUGUUGUAAUGCCCACCUAUUCACAGACAUCCAUAGACAUGCGAACAGCACAGCAAACAUCAGCAACUGCAACAGUCUCUGGUGGUGGUGGUGGUGGUGGUGCUGCUGCUGCUGCUGGUGGUGGUGAUGCUGGUGGUGAUGGUUAUUCGCCCAUGUUUCAGUAUCAGCCGGCGCCCAGAAAUCUAAAUCGAGAAUCCUAUGCGGAGCCGGCAAGCUCAACGGGCAACAAAUGCUGGAAAUGCAAUAUCGUACGCGAUAUCUGCCAUUGCAAUCGGCUGGCGGAGAGCAAUGCCGGCUAUCCGACGCCCAUGGAGCAUGUGCAUUCCACACAAUCAAAUGGCGCUGGCGCCGGCGAGCCAACGCAAUUCUUUGAGCUCAGCUCGACGUCAACGGCCGCCACAACCACGUUGUCAGCGGCGGCGGCGAGCAGUGUCAGCAAUAGCCGCACGGACAGCGCCCAGUUCAUUCCAAAUUACACACAACGUAAGACUGAAACGGAUGGCCUGUCGUCGCAGCAGCAACAACAUCAGGAGCAGCAGCAGCAGCAGCAGCAGCAGCUGGAUUUGCCAGCCGAGCAGCAGCACCAUGAGAAUAACAACAGCAGCAACAAUAGUAUGAAUCCGAGCAGCAGCGAAUCGCAUUUAGACAGCAUCUGGCCUGCUGCCAUGGAUGAUCAUGCUGUGGAUGAGCAACUACUGUUGCAGGCUAGAAACAAUUCGGCUGCUGUCUACGAACUGCCCACCAGUUCGCUUUUGAGCUCCAACAACAGCAGCACGAACAGCUCCUUUGAGGCGAACAGCAGCAACAGUAAUAAUAAUGCGCAUUUGGUUAAUGGGAAUGCCACGGCCUAUGAUGAUGUCACAUCCAGUGCAUCGGAUACGGAGCAUGUGCAAUUUGCAAAUACGCGCACCACUAACACAACCACGACAACCACAUCGGCGGUGCAAAAGAAAAAGCAUCAACAGAAUCGUAAUCGGAAUGGCAGUGCAACUGGUGCUGUUGAGGCAUCGUCAGCAUCCGCUACCUCAUCGGUCAUUGAGCUGGAUGCAACGCCCAGCACCAGCGCCCAAGCGCAGCAGCAGCAGCAGCAACAGCAGCAGACGCAGCAUCGCAGUCGCCACGUCUAUCGACGGCGGAUAUUUCCCAGCGUGCUGGAACAUGCGGGCGACAACAGCAGCGAUGAUGGCUGGGAUUUGCGAGCGGUGCGACCGCCAAGCAGCAGCAGCAGCGAUCUGGACGCACGCCAUGCCGAUCAUACGUAUUUUAAUAGUCGUGGUUAUAUGUUUGAUGGGCUGCCGCCACCACCACCACCACCGCCCGAUACCAGCUACAUGCGUUCCACAUCCGCCUCCUGCACAACGGCCACACACACCACCUGUAGCGUGGACUAUGGUGGUCGAGAUAUUUGCGGUGUGCAUCGUUUGAACAACGAUAGAAGAGGCCCCACGCCCACAGUGGAACAGCAUCAGCAGCAGGAGCAACGACCCGCAGCGGUGCUUAAAGCCUGCUUUGGUUCGGGUCUGGGCAGCGGCAUUGUGCGCACACGCUCCCGUGUUCGGUCCAUGGAUGAGUCAUUACCAGCCGGCAACAGCAGCAGCAGUAGCAGCCACAGCUUGUGUCAGCCACCCAGAAAACUGGCGCGCCUGGAGACGCGCAGCGAUGUGCAGCUAUCCUCCUCCAACAUGUCCAGUUUGUCGCCAACUAACUUCUAUGCAUUUCAGCCAGGUCGUCAUCGGCAUCGCACAUAUGCAGAACUGGCCAGGAGCAACGAACGGCAGGAGGCUCAACAGUCAACGAUACAGACGCCUCAGCAGCAACAACAACAGCAGAGGACACAGCAGACAAGUGCCGGCUCCUGUGUGAUAACCUAUGUGGGCAGACCGCGCGAGCCAGAUGGCAGCAGGACGGCCAGGUCAGGCCCAACGGAGAUGUCCAAUGUGCUGCCAUCCACAUCGACAGGCAGGCGACAUCACAAUACACACACGAAUUCCAAUGGAGAUAAUGCGGUGCUAACAGCGCCCGAUCUGCAGCUGUUGGACUGGUCCUCCGAUUCGAAUGAUGAGGACGACGAUGUGGUAUUUGUGCACUCCACACGCGAGCCAAUACUCUCCAUAGACCUGACCUCCGAUGAUGAUGGCUUUGGUGGCAGUAACGAGGCGGCGCUGCAGCAGCAGCUGCAACGAAUGCAAGAAAUAAGACAGCGCCGUCGUCAGCAGAUGCAACAACACCAGCAGCAGCGAGAGCAGCAGCAACAGCAGCGGCAGCUGCGCGAGGAGUCUCUGGCCACGUGCAGUCGCACAGCUGGCGGCGUUGAGAAUUUGAACGCUGCGCCCGCAGCUGCUGCCACAGCCACUGUUUCGGCAUCGCUGCUGCCACGCCCCAAUUCGGCCAGCGAUUACGAGGAAAGACGACGUCAGCGUCCUGCGGGCACCUCAUUUGCCUUCUACAGCGGCGCCCUGGCGGAUCGUGUGGCCAUCACGGAUCACAACUACAGCAGCUAUGAUCAUACGUCGUCGACCAUGGGGCCGAUUAUAAAUCUCAGAAGUCUAUUGCCCACGCGUUGUCCCGGUUUGGAGGCCGAGGCAGCAGCGGCGCAUUCGCAGCGCUAUUUCCAGCCGAUUACGCCGCCGCCCAUGUGGCAUUUUGGACCGUUGCCGGAGGGACAACCGCCGCCGCAGCCACCGCCGCCAGCGCCAAGUGGUAAUGCGGGCUCCUAUGUGCAGCAUACAUCAGCGGGUCCGGUUAUUGCAACGCCAGUGGCGCCGCCAACAGAAGGAGCUGUGCCCAGUGGACGCAGCAGUCCCGCCGCCUAUUAUCAUCGCUAUCAGCCCUACUAUGUGCCGCACUAUACGAUCACAGCACUGCCGGCGAGUCGCAACAAUGGUGAUUACUCGCCCGGACCACCAAAUCCUCAUUAUCAGGGCGGAUUGGGCAAUGCCACGGGCAGCAGUCGCAGCUCACUGAGUGGUGCCAUGAGCGCUGCAGCGGUGGCCGCCACGGUGGCUGCCGCUCAAGCGCAAUCAUUUCACGAUCUGCUCUCACUGGCAAAUGUGCCCAGCUCGCCGGUCAACAGCAUGGAGAGCAGCAGUCUCGAGGAUGAUUAUCAUCAUCGCAGCCAAACGAUGAACAUACUCAAUCGGUCCACAACACCCGUGGCAGCGGCUGCUGCUGUGGCCACGGCCGCUGGUCCGCCGCCAGUUAUGUCCUCCAUAGUAACCGUAGCGGCUGCAGUGUCGCCGCCACCGCCGCUGGAGAUGUAUUCGGGUCGCACAACCAUGCAGUAUUGCGGUUCGCCGCCAUUUAGUCUACGCCGCUCGGAUGCACAAUAUCAUAAUCAUCGGCAGCACUAUCAGCCGCAGCCGCAUCAGGGCCAUCAGGCGCCACAGAAUCAAAUGCAUGCGCACAUUCAUCCACCGCAUCGUGCGAGCGCGAUUGUGGCGACAUCAUUGACACCGGCGCCUCCGUAUCCAGUGCAUCAGAAUCUGUGGUAUCGACAGCAGAGCAUGCAGGAGCUGCAUCGCCGUCAUAUGACGCCCACGCCUAUUGAUCUCUCUUCGAAUCCAUUGAAUCUGACGAGCAGCCUGCGCACACGAUAUUUGCACAGUAUUUGCAAUUGUGUACAUGCACGCAAUGGACCUGUCUCCAGUCUAGAUCCUGCCUAUUAUCCGGCCUAUGAUGCAGCUGUGCAGCAGCAGCAAACAUCCGCAGCCGCGGGACCCAUUGAUGCGCAUCAGCCACCGUCACAAUUGGGUCUACAAUAUCAGCAACAGCAGCAGCAGCAACAGCAGCAACAACAGCAGCAACAACAACAACAGCAGCAACAACAGAUGCAGCAGCAACAACAACAGCAGCAGCAGCAACAACAGCAGCAGCAGCAGCAGCUGCAACAUCAACAGCAGCGGCGUCGCGCCGCUGUCCAUCAUCACAUGUUCCAUCAUUACUCGCCGCUACACCUCGAGAUUGGGCUAGCCACGCCGCUCUCGCUCGGCUCGUCACGCAUACUCAUUGGACCGCCGCGUCCCAAUCGUGGCGCCACCUUGGAGAUUAUUGAGCGCAAUACGUUGCCGCAUAAAUAUCGCCGAGUUCGUCGACCCAGCGAAACGGACGAGGAUGCAGAAAAGUGCGCCAUAUGCUUGUCGCUCUUUGAGAUUGAGAAUGAUGUGCGUCGUUUGCCCUGUAUGCAUCUAUUUCACACGGACUGCGUGGAUCAAUGGCUGGUCACCAAUAAACACUGUCCCAUUUGUCGCGUAGAUAUCGAGACGCAUAUGGCCAAGGAUGCGCUGGUGCCCAGCUCCAGCGGGGUUGCAGCAGCUGCCGCGGCUGCCGCUGCUGCUGGAACCGCCGCUUUAUGACAUUGUGUACAUGGCAUUUUCAUGUAAAGCGACAACAAACGAAAACACAAAAAACAAACGGCUCUCAAUCCACUGCAAAACACUAAAAAGGAGACACAACUUUUCAGACUGAGUUCGUCAUGUUAAACAUUCAUGUCGGGGCCAAGCAGGCAGAGUAACAGUAACAACAACAACCACAAUAACAAAAAUUAUAUGUUUACAAAAAAACAAUAAUAUUGGCAUGUCCGGGCUGUGCACACUACUAUGGUGCGACCUGAAGCAACAAUUUUGUUGGUGUUGUUGCAGCUGAUGCCGGCUGCCCCCAUUUGGACGCACUAUGGGGCAAUGCAUCUAUUAACGCUAAAUUUCCUGAGUUCGUCAUGCAGGGGCCAGGCCGGCAGCGACAAUGAAAAUUCUCUUCAAAUUCGUUUCAAACACAAAAAAAAAAAAAAAAAAAAAAAAUUACAAAAAGAAACUUAAAGAAAACAUCGUCAAACGUCAGCCAGUUGGAACUGUGAACCCACCAAAACAGGCGAAAGCAGGUGUACAAAAUUUGCUGCGUUGCGUUAAAUUAAAAACAAAAACAAAACUACAAAAAAAAAAGAAAACAAAACAAAAAACAAUCGAAAGCAAAAAACUUUGGCUCAAACUCUAC